AUCGACGUACUUCGUUCAGUUGCCAAUUAAUCGCCAUGGCUGAUCCACGCAUCGUUCUGGGCCUGCUAAUCUGCGGAGUGCUUGCCAUUGCCUAUGCCUCGCCCCAGGGUCGCAUCCUGGGCGGUGAGGAUGCCGCCCAGGGUGAGUUCCCCUGGUCUGUCUCCGUGCGCGUGAACAAGGCUCAUGCCUGCUCUGGUGCCAUCAUUUCGCAAAAUCAAAUCCUAACUGCCGCCAGCUGUAUCUCCAGUGUGAGCACCACGCCGAUCGAUCCCAGCUCUGUGGCCGUGCGUGUGGGCAGCAUUAACCAGUAUGCCGGUGGCAGCAUUGUCAGUGUCAAGAGCAUCGUAAUCCAUCCCUCUUAUGGCAACUUCAUCCACAAUCUGGCAACUCUCAACCUGGAUCAGAACCUGGUCUAUAGCGAUCGCAUUGCUGCCGUUGCUUUGCCCUCUAUUGGUGAGGAGACAGAGGCUACCGAGGAGGAGCUGCCCAAUGGCACUCCAGUGUAUGUGGCCGGUUGGGGAGAACUCUCCGAUGGCAAUGCCUCGUACAAGCUGCAGAAGGCCAACUUUAACACACUGAGUGCUCCCUGGUGUGAGCUGGCCGCCGGCUAUGGCUACGAGCAUGUGAUCUGCCUGUCCAGUGCCGAGAAGGAGGGAAUCUGCCGUGGAGAUGCCGGAGCAGCGGUUGUCGAUGACAGCAAUGUCCUGCGCGGCAUCACCAGCUUCCACUUUGGAGAAUGUGGCAGCACCUUCCCAGAUAUCACCACCCGCGUCUCAUACUAUCUGGAUUGGAUCAAGGCAAAUGCCUGCCUGCUGGGUCUCACCCUGCUGGUCGCUGUCCAGGCCGGUGGCCGGAUCAUGGGCGGUGAGGAGACGGGUCUGAAUGCCACGCCCUUCGCUGCCUCCCUGCGUGUGGACAAUGCCCAUGUGUGCGGUGCUUGCAUUCUCUCCGAAACAAAGGUCCUGACCACGGCACAUUGUGUGCAUCGCGACGGCAAGCUUCUUGCCGCCAACCGUCUUUCCCUGCGCGUGGGCAGCACCAAUCAGUACGCUGGCGGACGCAUUGUCACCGUGGACUCUGUCAAUGUCCAUCCGGAGUACUAUCAACUGCAGAACAACCUGGUCAUGCUCACCCUCAGCUCUUCCUUGGUCUUUACUGAUCGCAUCAAGGCCAUUGAGGUGGCUGGCAGUGAUGAUCCGCUGCCCGCCGCGGGCUCUGAGGUUAGUGUAGCCGGUUGGGGUCGCACCACCGAUGGCACCACCUCGUACAAGAUCCGAGAGCUGGCACUCCAAGUGUCCCCCGAGGCGGACUGCCAGGAGGCAUACAGCGAUCCGGCUGGUGAUAGCUUCUGUUUGUCCCAUGAGCUCAAGGAGGGCACCUGUCAUGGUGAUGGUGGCAGUGGAGCUGUUUACCAGGACAAACUGAUUGGCUUGACCAAUUUUGUGGUGGGUGCCUGCGGUUCACGGAACUUAACUCAAUCCAUACAAGCCAUGUCGCUGCUCUGGAGCUUUCUUUUCUUUGUGGGAAUAGCCAGUGUCCUGGCCAAGCCUAACAAGACCGAACCUGACUGGAGUCCUCGCAUUGUGGGUGGAACCAAGGCCACCACGGGACAAUUUCCCCAUCAGAUCUCGUUGCGUCGACGUGGUGGCCACACUUGCGGUGGAUCCAUCAUCUCCAGCACCUACAUCCUGACCGCUGCCCAUUGUGUCAAGUCGGGCAAUAAUGUAGCUCCUGCCCGACAAUUGUCCAUUUUGGCGGGCAGUCUGCAACUCUCGGGCGGAGGUGGUGAGACCCGACAGGUGGCCGCCGUUCAUGUCCAUCCCAAAUACAGGGGCGAUGGCUAUGAUGUGGCUGUGCUCCGCCUGACCCAGCCAAUAAACUUGAAUGCCAAUGCCAAGGUCAUUGAGCUAUCCAGCGAGGAUCCACCCACCGAUGCCAGCGUUUAUAUAUCCGGCUGGGGAUACAUCUCCAACAGUGGACCCAUUUCCAAUGAUUUGCUGUACGGACAGGUGAAGAAAAUGGAUAGGAACACCUGUCGGCGGAGGUACUUGCCUCGUCUGGCGGAUACUACCAUGUGUUUGCUUCAUGAUGCCAAUAAGGGUGCCUGCUAUGGGGAUUCCGGUGGACCGGCUACCUACGAGGGAAGGCUGGUGGGCGUGGCCAGCUUUGUAAUUGGAGGCUGUGGUCGUGAUGCUCCCGAUGGCUAUGAAAGGGUCUCCCAGCUAAGGCAAUGGAUCAAGGAUAAUGCCAAGUUGUAAGAGAACCAGGUUUUUUUUUACCCAUUUCAAAUUGAAAAUUUAAAUCCAAAGUUUUAUUUAAAAAGUAACCGAAAUUGAGCGUAAGAACUCUUCAAAUUGGUUUUUAAAAAUUCAUUGGCUUGACUAUCCUUGGCAUUUUAUGACGUUUUUUUACUACUUGUAUAUUUACCCUGUAUAUAUCAUUAUUAUCCUAUAA